CUUUUAUAAAACGGUACCAACAGCGCCACCAGCACCAUUUCUCUGAAUCUCCAUUUCUUAAAAAGGGUUCAAGUUAUUAGAAAUCCCAAAUUAAAACCUCAGAGAUUCAGAUAAUCAUUUCUUGAUGUAUUCUCUUUUGUGAUUUCUUCUAGCUAGGGUCUAAAAUUUUGAAGGGAUGGAGUGUAUUAUGGAGAAUCAAACUCCGAUUUCAACGGAAGAAUCAAGUUUAUCAGAAGAAUUUAGAAAUUGGGCUGAAUUACCUCAUGAUGUUCUUGCUCAUAUAUUUCUUAAAUUGGGGGGAGUUGAUAUCUUGUUUAGGGCACAAUCUGUAUGUUCUGUGUGGCGAAAAGUUUCCAAAGAACCUCUACUGUUUCGUUCCGUAGAUAUGAGGAAUAGGUGGGAUUUGUUCGAUGAUGAAUUCUAUGAUAUGGAAAAGAUGGCAAGAGAAGCUGUGGAUAGGAGUUGUGGACAGUUGGUUGAAUUCUCUAUGGAACAUUUUGGUACCGAUGAGCUUUUAGAGUAUAUUGCUGAUAAGUCUGGUUCCUUGAGAUGUCUCCGGCUUGUAUCUUGUUAUCGAAUUAGCGACGAUGCACUGAUAGACAUGGCCAAGAAAGCUGUCAUGCUGGAGGAACUUGAAAUCUGCCUCUGUUCUUUCUCAGCGGAUGUGCUUAAAACUGUUGGGAAAGUCUGCCCUCAGCUAAAAUCGUUCCGACUCAAUUGUCGAGGCUACAGGCGGCCACACAUAGAAUCUGAUGAGGAGGCACUAGCCAUUGCAGAGAACAUGCCUCAGCUGCGUCAUCUUCAUCUGUUUGGGAAUAAAUUGACUAAUGCAGGCUUGAGGGGAAUUCUUGAUGGCUGCCCGCACCUUGAAUCGCUCGAUCUCCGUCAAUGCUUCAACCUUAAUCUUGAAGGGGAUCUACUGAAGAGCUGCAGAGAGAGACUUAUAAAACUAAGGCUGCCAAAUGACUCCACUGAUGACUAUGAGUUUGAUGCUUCAAUCGAUGGUGGAUCAUAUGAUGAAGAUUACCCCUCUGGAUUUUCUGACAUUGACUUCUUAUCUGACGAUGGACUUUAUGAAUUUUCUGGAGGCAGCUAUAUCUCCGAAUUCGAAUGUGAUGAUGAUGAUGCAUUCGCCUACUAUGACUUCUGGUGAAUACUACUGCCACUGUGACGACUUUUGAUUUGUCCAAAGAUUAUCACACCAAGUUUUGAUGAAUGACUGAGUAAUUUGGUGUACUCUGAUGUGUCUUUCUCAUCUCUUAGGUAGACUUUUCUUUUUUCUUGAUCUAUCAAAUAGUGUUUUCAGUUUUAAAGUACUAUUUGAUAGAUCUUGCUUCUUCUUCCAGUAUUGUAUUUCUAAAUAUGGAUUCUGUUCGAAUAUCUAGAACCUGGAACUCCCUUGCAGUACUCUUCUUAUAAUUCUAUCAUUGUCUGUUGUCUGUUUAAAUCAAUUAAAAACGU